CAAGGAGAAGACUUGUGGUUCUUUAGCUGUUGUGAGCUGUAUAUUGCAAAUGUCUUCUCUCUCGGGCAUCCUUCACACAUCAAGCUGUAGCCGUUGAGAAGCACCGUUUUUUGAACACAUGUUCUGAGUGUAAACAAUCCCUGUUGUUUCAAUCCUAUCAAGAUUGCGAGCGAGAGCUUCCGUCGACUGCAACAAGCUUAGACUGCUACAAGACUCCUUCCCUUGUACUGAGGUUUUUAUAUUCCGUCAGCAUAGUAUAUAAACUAUAGAUUGAGGCGAGUCAUACACCUUUAGUUUUACUGCAGAAGACUACCGUAACUUCUCACCUUUGUGGACGUAACAGUGUAGCGCAAUGGCACCAUGCGGGUACUGACGACCUCUAUGCUGCAAUAACCUCAGAGGGUUGACAGAUCUGCCUGCAGGCAAACUAGACAGGAUGCUUCAAAGCGCCACCCGCUAUCUGAUCUUCUUUCAGUAUAUUGGGACAAAGUACAGUGGCGUAAUGAAAGUUCCACCUCACCAAGCUCAUCUGGGUGUUCAGAAUUAUUUGGAGGAUGCGGUGCGGAGCCUGAAGCCGGUUAACGAGGCGGCUGUGUUCAUCUCCAGUCGCACGGACACUGGCGUCCACGCCCUCGGUAACUCCGCCCACGUGGACAUCCAGCGCAGAGAGGGGAGGAGCCCCUUUAAUGAGGAGGAGCUUGUUCACGCUCUCAACCUCAACCUCAAACCACAAGACAUCAGGGUGACCAGAGCCCGGAAAGUGGACGGUCACUUCAGCGCACGUUUCCAGGCCGUGUCGCGCACCUACGUCUAUCGGCUGGCCACGGGAGUCUGCCACCACACACACACCCCUCUGACUGAGAACAAGCUCUGCUGGUUCCUGCCCGAAACCGAGCUGGACGUGGAGGCCAUGCGUGCGGCCGGUUCCGUGCUGCUGGGCACUCAUGACUUCAGCACGUUCCGCACGCUGAGCUCCGACGCUCCGUUCAAGAGUCCCGUCAGGACACUGGAGACGGCCCAGCUGGAGCCGGGGCUGGCCUUCGCCUCGCAACACCUCAACAGGAAUAUUCAGCACUGGGACUUCACCUUCAAAAGCAGGUCGUUUCUGUACAGACAGGUGAGGAGGAUGGCCGGUGCACUGGUGGCUGUAGGUCGGGGGAAACUCCGCCCCUCUGACAUCCAGGACCUUUUGGAGGCUCGUGAUUCGCUGGCUUUCCCCACCACUAUCAUGGCCCCGCCAUGUGGACUUUUCCUCACGCAAGUGGAGUACCGGGAGUCUGAUCUGACACCGGGAUGGUCACUCACUCACUCCAGUGAAAAGGAGUGACCGCCAAUGAUCUCCUGUGAAAACUCUGCUGCACUGCACUCAAAUGGUACAUUACUGUUUGGUAUCUCACUGCCUACAGACAACAUACAUUUGACUGAGGCCAUUUUUUACCAUUGAAAGAGAAACAUGUUGUCUUUACAUGACAUGACUUAGUAGAAAAUAAUCUAUUCACACACACACACACACUUUUGAGAAUCACAGAAAGGUGCCUUGGACUGUUGUUAUAUAAAUAUACUGUAGGCAUCAGCGUUGUGUGGCCUUGGCUGAGGUAAGGACAGGUGUGAGGGCCGAGAGAAGCCCUGGAAUGCGCCGCAUCACUUCCCCUCUCGCCUGCGCUGCCUUGACUGGUCGCUCGCUACCAUGGCAACAAGCUACACCUAGGACUGCUAAAACGGGCUGAGCUGAGCUGAGCUGUGCUGUGCCUGCAACACUACUUCCAUCCUGUCGUCUUCGGUUUCCUUCCAACAUUAGACGAUAUGAACAGGAGCAGCCAGGCAGCUGCAGCACGGUGCAGACCUUCAGCCCUGUGUUUCAAGAGCACGGAAGAAAGGAAAGAACAAAUCCACACAGGAAAAUCCU